GUGGUGCUGAUGCACAGGGAAGGCGGUACUUUUCACGAGAUCUCUCUCUGAGAGCAAAUCAAGCUUCUUUGUGGGUCCGGAGGCCACCUCCAUCAGCCUGGUUGGGGCUCCCAAGACUCUCCGCUCGUCUUCGCUGCUUUCCCCCGGCCGCGCGACCCAAAGCCCACACGUGCCCACGCCCCACGUCCUGCCAUGGCCUCCAAGCUCCUCCUGUUCCAGUCUCCGCCACUGCUCCUACUGCUGCUGCUUCUGGGAGGCACGAGCAGUCUCGCGGAGCCCGGGCCUGAAACUGAAAGUUCCAUCCGGACUCUCCAACUAGAAACACUGGUAGAGCCCCCGGAGGCCUGCCGCGAGCCCGCCACCUUCGGAGAUACUCUGCACAUUCACUAUACGGGCAGCCUUGAAGAUGGACGAAUAGUUGACACCUCACUCACCAGGGACCCCUUGGUUAUAGAGCUUGGUCAAAAGCAGGUCAUCCCAGGCCUGGAGCAGAGCCUGCUGGACAUGUGUGUGGGAGAGAAGCGAAGGGCAAUCAUUCCCCCUCACUUGGCUUAUGGAAAACGUGGAUUUCCCCCAUCUAUCCCAGGGGAUGCAGUGCUGCAGUUUGAAGUGGAAUUGAUCGCCUUGGUACGAGCCAACUACUGGCAAAAGCUGGUGAAAACUCUCUUUCCUCUUCUGGGCAUAUGCUUGGUACCAGCCCUUCUGGGUCUCAUUGGUUACUACCUGUACAGCAAAGCCAGCAGCCCCAAGAUCUCUAAGAAGAAACUCAAAGAGGAGAAGAAAAAUAAAAGCAAAAAAAAAUAAAACCUUUUCCCUUUUA